ACUACAGCAAAGUCCUCCUUUACUCCAAAAACGCUUCUAAGCCUCGGCACAUCUCCUCACAUCGCUACUAACUACACUUUAUUCAUCCUCCGUGUCAGGAUAAACUCCACUCGUCUCAGUAAACUUUGGAGAUUAUUAGGCCCGCUUAGCUUGCUAGUUGUUUUAGCGCGCUAGUUAGCUUAGCAUGCUAGUUAGCUUAGCUUGUUAGCUGCUAACAAAGAGACGCGGAUUUGAUCAACACAUCGCUUAGUUAAGAUCAAGUGUGAGUGUAAAGUGUUGUGAUUGUGUGAAAAUGUGCGAAAGAACGAUAGCAGAGUACAAAGAGGAACUUUCUCGAACAAAAGAAGAGAACAAAAGACUACGUCAACUACUGGAGGCUGUUUUCAAGAAACCUCAAGUUGUGUUACACAGAACAGACGUCUGUGAAAAAUAUCGUCCACCUGAGCAGCAGGAGGGGUCCUCCAGUAUGGAGCAGAAGAGGUCACAGAACCUCCACGUGAAAGAAGAGGAGCCACAGCCCCCCCACUUUAAAGAUGAAGAGGAAGAGUCACAGACUCCUCACAUUGAGAAUAUACAGUCCCUUCACGUAAAAGAGGAACCGGAGGAUCCGCAGCCCUCCUACGUCAAAGAGGAAGAAAAACAGCGGCUGUCCCCCCACUUCAUAGAGGAAGACAAGAGACACCUCAUCAGUGUGAAGAGUGAAGAUGAUGAGGUCAAAGGUGAGAGUGAGGAGAAGAGAGAGGCGGAGCUUCCAAGCAGCAGCUCAACUCAACACAUGACAACAGAAGCUGAUGGAGACCACUGUGGAGGAUCACAAGCAGACAAGCUCUUAGCUCCACUAUCAGAUAGUGAGGACACAACGUCACACUCUCCUGACACUGAUGAUGAAGACUCUAAAGAUGAUAAGACAUGUCACACUGACAACACACACUUCACAUGUUCUCACUGUGACAAAACUUUUAAAUACCCUAGUCACCUGAAAUUACACAUGAGAACACACACUGGAGAAAAACCUUAUCUCUGCUCAGAAUGUGGUAAUAGUUUUGCAGUAAGUCACACUUUAAAAGUACACAUGAGAACACACACUGGAGAAAAACCUAUUUCAUGUUCAAUCUGCGGUAAAGAUUUUACUCAUAGGCACGAUUUGAAAAUACACAUGAGAAAACACACUGGAGAAAAACCUUUUUCAUGUUCAAUCUGCGGUAAAGAUUUUAGUCAUAGGCACGAUUUGAAAACACACAUGAGAACACACACUGGAGAAAAACCUUUUUCCUGCUCAGAAUGUGGUAAAAGUUUUGCAGUAAGUCACACUUUAAAAGUACACAUGAGAACACACACUGGAGACAAACCUUUUUCAUGUUCAAUCUGCUGUAAAGAUUUUACUCAUAGUCAACAUUUGAAAAGACACAUGAGAACACACACUGGAGAAAAACCUUUUUUAUGUUCAAUCUGCGGUAAAGAUUUUACUCAUAGGUACGAUUUCAAAAGACACAUGAGAAAACACACUGGAGAAAAACCUUUUUCAUGUUCAAUCUGCGGUAAAGAUUUUAGUCAUAGGCACGAUUUGAAAAUACACAUGAGAAUACACACUGGAGAAAAACCUUUUUCCUGCUCAGAAUGUGGUAAAGAUUUUACUCAAAGGCACAAUUUGAAAAGACACAUGAGAAAACACACUGGAGAAAAACCUUUUUCCUGCUCAGAAUGUGGUAAAAGUUUUGCAGUAAAUGAAAGUUUAAAAAAACACAUGAGAAUACACACCGGUGAAAAACCUUUUUCGUGUUCAGUCUGCGGUAAAGAUUUUACUCACAGUUCCAGUUUCAACGCACACAUGAGAAUACACACUGGAGGAAAACCUUUUUCCUGCUCAGAAUGUGGUAAAAGUUUUGUAACAAAUGUAAGUUUAAAAGUACACAUGAGAACACACACUGGUGAAAAACCAUACGCCUGUUCAAGCUGCAACAAAAGCUUCCGUUACCUAAACACUCUUAGAGCACACAUGAGAACACACACAGGAGAGAAAGUGUUGAGUUGCAGUGUGUGUGGUGAAAGAUUCUCUUCUAAGUACCAGUGUAAGAAACACAAGUGUGCUGGUGAGAACAGCAGCAGCAAAUGAAGAUGCAGGAUUUAAAAUCAACUUUCUAACAACAUCAGCACAUAUAACAUGUGUGACAUCAUUGUUGUGUGUGUAACACAAUCUUGUUAAUAUGAUUCUAACAUUUAUAGAUUAGACACUUCAGAUUAGUGCUUUUAUUUCAGUCAAGUACAUGAGUUAAUAUACACAUUUGUGUACUUUAAAAUAACAGAACAAUUUGACUGAAAUUGUGAGAAUAAACAGUACAUAAAAUAUGUUACAUACAAUAAACAUUUUAUGUGUAGAUAUUCAUAGUUCACUUUUAUACUUAUUCAUAAUAGUGUUUUAUAUAUGUUUUUUGAAAUAAUGAAGGGUUACAUAUUUUAUUUUCUAAUUGUAGAUGAUUCCAUAGAUGAACUCCUUUAUAAGAUAUACAUAUUUGUUUUACAUGUGUUCAUACCUUUGCUUUUGAGUACACAUAAAUCCCUCUUAGUUCAUAUUUACUGGUUCACAUCUGAAACAUCUUCUGGACCACUUCUGGAAGCAUAUUAAUAUUUACUUUAUACAUCAUUUGAGCAGUUGUGUUUUAUACAAGAUCAUUUACUUUUAAUAUGUGUGACUUUUUGAAUAAUUUGUUGGGUCUCUAUAAUCCAUUCUAUUAAUUAUCUUUAUUACUCUCUUGUGUAAUAUGAAUAUUGUUGUGUGAUUGUUUUAUAUGUAUGUCCCCAGACCUUUAUGCAAUAAACAAUGUAUGCUUCAACUAAA